CAUCUUUCUUCCUGGCGCGGCCGUCCUAGUGUCAGCGGAGGAAAUCUUGGGGUCUCAGUCUCGGUAGUCGGGAGAGCUCGGACCCCAGGAACGGAGGUGAGGCCGCCGCAGGCAGUCGCAGGCGGAGACAUGGACUGUCUCACUUUUGAGGAUGUGGCUGUGAGCUUCACCUUGGAGGAGUGGGAUUUGUUGGAUCCUUCCCAGAAGCAACUCUACACAGAUGUGAUGCAGGAAACCUUCAAAAACCUUGCUGCUAUAGGACAAACUGAGGAAGGCCAGAGGAUUGAAGACAAUGAACAUUAUAGGAGAACCCUAAGAAAUGAAGUGGUGGAAUUAUUGUAUGGACCUAGUGAAGGUAGACAAUGUGAGAAAAUCUUCAACCAGUUUCCAGGUACUGUUGUGAACAAGAAAACCCCUCAUGGAGUAAAGCUGUGUGAAAGCAAUUUAAGUGAAGACAUACUUAUUGGUCUUCCCCCCCUAAGUAUGCAUAACCCUGGUCAAACAGGACAUAGACCAUAUGGGUAUGAGGUGUACGAAGACAGUCUCUAUAAAUUUAGGGAAUAUAGGAAAGCCUUGAUGUAUCCUGAAUGUCUUCUGAAGCAUGACAAUAACCACACCAUAGAGAAACCAUAUAAAUGUCAGCAAUGUGGAAAAGCCUUUUCUUCUUCAAGUAAGGUUCGAAGACAUGAAAGAACUCAUACUGGUGAGAAGCCCUACAUAUGUAACCACUGUGGGAAAGCCUUCCCUAGUCGCGGUUCCCUUCGACGCCACGACAGGAUUCACAGUGGAGAGAAACCAUUCAUUUGUAAGUAUUGUGGGAAAGCUUUCACUGGUCAAAGUUCGCUUCCUCGGCAUGAAAGAAUUCACAGUGGAGAAAAACCAUAUGUAUGCAAGUACUGUGGGAAGUGUUUCAUUUCUUCCAGUACCUGUCGAGUACAUGAGCGGACUCACACGGGAGAGAAGCUCUAUGUCUGUAACUUGUGUAAUAAAGCCGUCACCACUCGCACUUCCCUUCGAAAUCAUGAAAGAAUUCACAGUGGUGAGAAGCCCUAUGUCUGUGAACAGUGUGGGAAAGGUUUCAUCUCUUCUGGUACCUUUCGAAUACAUGAGCGAAUUCACACUGGAGAGAAGCCCUACAAAUGUAAGGAAUGUGGGAAAGCCUUCACUAUACAGAGUUCUCUCCAGCGCCAUGAAAGGAUUCACACUAGGGAAAAACCCUAUGACUGUAAGGAAUGUGGGAAAGCCUUCAGUGGUUACAGUUCUCUUAGACGCCAUGAGCGGAUUCACAGUGGAGAAAGGCCCUAUGCAUGCAAGCAGUGUGGGAAAGCCUUCCCUGCUUUGGGUGAUUGUCAAAGACAUGAACAAAUUCACACCGGUGAGAAACCCUACAUAUGUAAGCAGUGUGGGAAAGCCUUUACUCGUUGUGGUUCCCUUAGAAUACAUGAAAAGACCCACACUAGAGAGAAUUCUUAAGUAUAGAAUGCGGAAAUGCCUUCUUAUUGCGUGUCCCGUCUAUGAAUAUAACUUGACAAUGUUUAGGGAAGAAAGCAAGUAUCAAUAUGAAGUUGUGAGGACUGCCAC